AUCAGUUGUUUUAAAUUUUUUGGCAUGAGACCUGAUUUACUGGUUUUCAUCUCAACUACCAACUUGUUUCAGCCGAAGUUUUUAAGUCGGGAAGAACGCGAAGCAUUGGCUUUGAAAAAACGUGAAGAGGAAGUGGCGCGGCAAAAGGAGCAACAAAAGCAGCUGCUGGAACGAAGAAAACAAUUUAUUCAGGAAGGCAAGAAAAGUGAUCGAGAUCGUGAUCGAGACCGAAGAGACAGAGAAAGAGAUCGGGAACGGGAACGAGAGCGAGAGCGAGAGCGUGAGAGAGAGAAGGAGAAGGAGAAAGAGAAAGAAAGAGAAAGAGGGAAAGAAAAAGAUUCUGCUAGGAAUAAGGAACGCGAAGGUUGCGAAGUUUCAAAUUAUCUUGUUAGUUAUGAGUCUUGUUCAGGGAGGCGUAGCCGGAGUAGGGAGCGACGUAGUCGAAGUCCGAGAGAUCGGCGGAGUAGGAGCCGCGAGAAGAUUAAAAGGGAUGGUGAGAAGGAGAAGUUGGAGAAGAAAGAUGGUUCUGAUAAGGUUUCUGAUAAAGACAUGGAGAAGUUGAAUGAGGCUAUCAGACAGCGGUAUUUAGGAGGCCAACGUGAAAAGAGGAAAAGGGGAAGGCGUUUGCAUGAGAGAAAGUUUAUAUUUGAUUGGGAUGCUGCUGAAGACACAUCUAAUGAUUACAACUCUUUAUAUCAAAACAGACAUGAGGUACAGUUUUUUGGUCGUGGCUCAAUAGCAGGCAUGGAUGUAAACGCUCAGAAAAAACAGAAGUCUGAAUUUUACGCAAACCUUAUGGAAAAGAGAAGGACAAAGGAAGAAAAGCAACAAGAAGACAGAAGGCUGGAGGGUGUCAAAAAGAAGCAGAAGAAAGAGGCAUUUGAUAACAGGCAUUGGUCUCAAAAAACUCUGGAACAAAUGUCUGACAGGGACUGGCGUAUCUUUCGUGAAGAUUUUAAUAUAUCUAUUAAGGGUGGCCGCAUACCAAAACCAUUGAGAUCUUGGGAAGAAGCAAAUCUUCCUCAUGAAGUUUAUGACGUUAUUUUGAAGAUUGGCUACAAGGAGCCUACUCCGAUCCAGCGGCAAGCAAUACCAAUAGGUCUUCAAAAUCGCGACAUAAUCGGAGUAGCCGAAACUGGUUCUGGUAAAACAGCAGCUUUUCUUAUACCGCUUCUUGUUUGGAUAACCUCGCUUCCAAAGAUCCAAAGCACGGAAGAGCAAGAAAAUGGGCCUUAUGCCAUUAUUAUGGCUCCUACUCGUGAACUUGCUCAGCAGAUAGAAGAAGAGACAGUUAAGUUUGGCCAGCUGCUUGGUAUUCGCACUGUUUCUGUUAUUGGUGGUGCAUCUAGGGAAGAGCAAGGACUGAAACUUCGACUAGGCGUUGAGGUUGUAAUUGCGACUCCUGGACGUCUUUUGGACGUUUUAGAAAAUCGUUACUUGUCUCUGGACCAGUGCAGUUACGUUAUCUUGGAUGAAGCAGAUCGCAUGCUUGACAUGGGAUUUGAGCCAGAAGUACAGAAGGUGCUUGAAUACAUUCCCGUAACCAACUUAAAACCAGACACUGAGGAUGCAGAGAAAGAGGAAUCAAUAAUGGAGAAUUUUUAUUCCAAGAAGAAGUAUCGUCAAACUGUUAUGUUUACUGCUACCAUGAGUCCUGCUGUUGAGCGACUCGCUAGGGCUUAUUUGCGCCGACCAGCUGUUGUUUAUAUUGGAUCUGUUGGUCGUCCUACCGAACGUGUUGAACAGAUAGUUUACAUGCUUCCUGAAGAAAGAAAACGGAAGAAAUUGGUUGAAUUAAUUUCGUCGGAUGCAUUUGAGCCUCCAAUCAUCAUUUUUGUGAAUCAGAAGAAGGUUGCAUGGCUUCUCUCGGAAUUUGCAGGUUUCCAUGCCGCUUUAAGUUACCAUGAGAAUAGUAUUGAUUUAUGCAAAAUGAUUGGAGCCGAUUUGCUAGCAAAAGGUCUUACAAAGCUGGGUUUUGCACCUUGCGUUUUGCAUGGUGGCAAGGGCCAAGACGCUCGAGAGUAUUCUCUUGCUGCUUUGAAAGACGGUACUAAGGAUAUUUUAGUGGCUACCGAUGUUGCUGGUAGAGGGAUUGAUAUUAAGGAUGUAUCUCUCGUGCUCAAUUACGACAUGGCUAAAUCUAUCGAAGAUUACACGCAUAGGAUCGGUCGAACUGGUCGAGCCGGUAAACAUGGAAAAGCUAUUACAUUUUUGACGCCUGAAGACAAGGAUGUUUUUUAUGAUCUCAAGCAAUGCUUACUUGAAAGUCCCGUUUCUACUUGUCCACCAGAGUUAGCUAACCACCCUGACGCUCAACAAAAGCCGGGAACGUUUGUGAUUAAAAAACGACAGGAGGAGACUCUCUAUCGUAACUAA